UGUUUUUGGAUGCUUCUAGUCUUAUACGCGGGAAAAACAAACAAGUUCUGUUCCUUUAAGUGUAACGACCAUCGGCUUUUACUGUAGUGUAAUAAAUGAAAUGCAGCUUUAAAAGGAUUGCUUGACGUCCCAUGAGCGUUUGUGUUGAACUUUGUCCAUUUCGUUACACAGAAGCGUUCUAACACGGCUGGGUCUCUAAAGACCGCAUAUUACUGGGCUUCUCCGAAGUGUCAUGACGUCGGUCCUAAAUCUCUGCUUGUAUAUUUACUGCCUCCUGCUCAGCUGCGUGUUCUGGAAGCUGCUUACUUAUGCGGUGUUAAAAUGGCUAAAAACCAUUUUCAUGAGAAAAAAAAUCACGAGGGAAUAUAUACAUAUGCAUCCCAUAACACGAAGUUUGCGGACUUUUAGAAGUAUUUAUGUUUAAUAUACAAAUAAUGGACACUAAUGCAGCAGCUUCCUUGACUGCACAAAGGUUAAGAUCAGGUUGUUCUGUAGAAGAUAAGGGACCAUAAGGACGGCUAAUGCUUCUCUAACAUCGUAUAUAUGUGUUUUACUGACCUAAAUGCCAUUUGAUAGUUACAAAUAGAGUUUGUUUCCAAUAUAUACAAGAAAGGUUUAGCCAUACACUACUGGAAUUAUCAAUGCAGGUGUAUUUCUCUGUUCACGUGGGAAGAGGUCUUCGAAAUACUAUGAUCCUGUUCACGUCUGGUUGUAAAAUGCGUCUUAGUCGAUCGGAUCACAAGGCAACGACCACCAAGACACAUCGUGAUCCGAUCACUCGGACCACAUCCCGAAGUGGUUUGGCACGCAUUUGACCAUAUGUCUAUUGUAGCAUAAACGAUGCAUCCCUGACAGAGAUAUCACAAUAAUUUACCUAGCGGAGGUAGCGUAGGGAGUAAAGAAAUCUGAACGCUAGUGGUCAGGUGCCCACCUUGGAGAAGCAUGAUAAAAUGGGUAUAAAUGACGAUGUGUAUUGACUGUCCACUUGCAAUCCGAUUGACCAAGACCCAGUAUAAAACCAAGUAUAUACCAUGCAUUUGUCUAUUCUCUCUGAGGGUAUACCCAAGUUGGACCAAUGGAUAUCCCUUUGCCUCCCAGAGAUUCCGGGCGGUUUGUUGCAGAAAGGAGUCAAGAUGUGUCCAUUGAAGAAGAAGGCGUGAGGAAGAUAGCAGAGAUGCUGUAUGCAAUACGUGGGUCUCAAGGUUUUGCUCUGCAAAGCCUGAAGAUGAUGAAUGCAUUAACCCCGUCUUGGAGCACAGACCAGGCUAUUCACUGGGUGUUUGUUGUGGACACCAUGAACUUCUCUUUCUGGCACCCCAUUGGGGAGAAGCCCUGCACCAUUACCUAUCAAGACAAAAUCUACAGUGGUUACAUGGCUUUGUGUGCAGCCAUCACCAGGGCUAUGGAAGAAGACAUCCCCAUCACGGAGGCCUCGUACAUGGCCAGCGUGACUCUGGAUGAACUGAAGCAGAUCCUGCGAUCUGACAAUGAGACACCCAUGCCCAUGAUCGAAGAGAGGCACCGUGUCCUAAACGAGGCUGGGAAGGUGCUGCUGCAGUUCGGGGGCUCUGUCCGCAGCUUCAUGGCGAAAGGUGAAAAUGAUGCAGAGGAGCUCAUCAAACACAUUGUGGAAAGCUUGCCAUCGUACAGAGAUGAGGUGGUAUUUGAGGGUAAAAAAUUGGCCUUCUAUAAAAGAGCCCAGAUCCUUGUGGCCGAUUUCUGUGUCAUAAUGGAGGCCAGAGGAGAAACCUGCAUACCGAACAUGCACCAUCUAACCAUGUUUGCAGACUACAGGGUCCCUCAGGCCCUUGUCCACCUGGGAGCGCUGCGGUACUCCGACUCCCUCAUGACCACGCUCAAAGAGGGGUUACAGCUUCCCUCAGGAGACAGAAGAGAAGUGGAGAUUCGAGGCUGUUCCAUUUGGUGUGUGGAGAAGAUCAGGACCCACUUGUGGAGUCUCAUAGAGCAGAGUGAGGGGAAAUCAAAUGAGGACAUUAAUUCUGCUGUCAUCGACUUCUUUCUGUGGUCAUAUGCCAAAGAGCACCACAUGCAGAUGGCGCACAUUCCCAUUCAUCUCACUCGCUGCAUUUAUUACUGACAGACGCUGGCCUGCUGUCAUAACACUGCCUUCAUUACAAACAGACCCCAGAUGGCUGCUAAGAACCUCCCCUCUAAUUCCUUGGAUUAUGAUCCAUUUGCUCUUAGAAUAAAACGUCUGAAAAGUUG